GGAUGCUGCCGCUGCUGCCAGCGGAAAAUGGCCGCUGCAACCUCGAGCCCAUCCUGAUACACCGAAAUGAUAGAAAGGUGGACAGAGAAAAGAUAAGAUAAUGAGAGCCGCGAGCACGACUGAGAGAGAGUGAGUGAGUGUGUGUGUGUAUGUGUGUGUGUGUGUGUGUGCGCGCGAGAGAGAGUGUGUUUGUGUGUGUGUGUGUGUGUGUGUGUGUGUGUUUGAGUGAGUGAGCGCGCGCGCGUGUGUUCUGGUGAGAAGGGAAAUAAAAAAGCCAGGAGACCGGGGGGCAGCCAGCUCGAAGCGGCGACUAACACUGAGCCAUGGAGGGCGAUGUGCGUGUCCGAGCAGUGGUGAUGACACGUGACGACUCUAGUGGCGGCUGGGUGCCCCUUGGAGGUGGCGGCCUCAGCCAUGUUAUCAUCUGUAAGGGGCGGAGCUCCGAAGGCCGAGGACAGAGGGAGUACGUCAUACGUGGAGAGCGACUGCGCGAUCGAGCACCCGUGCUUGAAUGCGCCGUUCAGAAGGGUUUGGUCUACAAUAAGGUGAACCCCAUCUUCCACCACUGGCGUGUGGAGGAGAGGAAGUUUGGCCUGACCUUCCAGAGUCCAGCUGAUGCCAUCUCGUUUGAGAAGGGCCUACAAAGUGUCCUUGACAAGCUGGACAGAGGAUCUGACUCACCUUCUUCCUCCACACCAGAGGAGGGAGACACUGAAGAUGAUGGUCAAGCAUCUCACACAGGCAGUGAGUCGUCCUCCAACAGCAGAAAGGAGAUGUUACCUAAGCCCAUCACCAUAGUGACCAGCGAGUCCUCCUCCACCUGCUUUGUGCGUUCCGCUGCAGAAGAGUUUGGAUAUGGGGCAGGGCAUGCUGUCACUACUCAGACCCCUGCCCAGAUCCACACGCGGCCUACCCAGCAUCAGCUCUCUCAAGUGACGGCUGUGUUGAAUCCUCCGGCCCCUCCUCCCCCUCCUCCUGCUCCCCCAACCCCUCCACUGGUGCCCCCUGCCUCCUCUCCCCUGUCCCCUCUCUCCCCUACUAUAUCCUUGCUGGAGGAAGGUGACCUGCGCAAUCUUGACCCUUGCAAGGACUUAUGGGGCUCCCGGGGUUACGAGGACUACCGGCGUGCUGGAGCCACGCGGACCAAGGUUGGAGGUCUGACAGGGGGUGUAGUUGUGGGAGGCGGUCCUGACAAAUCGGAGCUGUGCGUGGUGCGCUUUGAAAAAGAGCUGGCAGGUGUGGGCAUCACAGGCUGCGAGGUCACCGUCAUGCUGGACACCAAAGGUUCUCAGCAUCACUCCUCUUCGCCCACAUGUAUGCCUAAUGCUGUGCCUGGCUCGUCUUCUGCUGGCGGCUCACCGCAGGAGACGGGCAAAGGCUCACCUUCGCCGUGCUGCAUCCAUACCUCGCUUGCUACACCUCGCUCUCGGACUCGCAAGAGAGGGGGUGGCGGAGGGGCCAGUGGGGGUGGAGACGCCAUCUCACCCGAUGACGACAGCCCAUGCCCACAGGGCUCGUCUUCGUGCUCAUCUCGCUGCGUGUACUGCCGCUCGGUCUUCAGCGCCUCAGAAAACGGGCGCGGCCGCUGCCGGGACGCUCCGGACCCAGCCCUGCACUGCCUGCGCCAGUGGACGUGCGUGUGGUGCGCUGAGAGCCUGCUCUACCACUGCAUGUCGGACUCGGAGGGCGAGUUCUGGGAGCCAUGCUCGUGUGAGGACUCACUGGGCCGCCGGCCACACCCGCUCUGCUGCGCCCGCUGGAUGGCACUACUGGCGCUGUCACUUUUUGUGCCCUGCAUGUGCUGCUACCUGCCCCUGCGCGCAUGCCUGCGCUGCGGGGAAAGAUGCGGCUGCUGCGGUGGAAAGCACAAGGCUGUGCGGUGAGACCUGGCUGGGGGAGGGAGGGAGGGAGGCUGGGGCAGGGUGGGCGUGGGUGGCCAAGGAUGAGUCUUGUGGAGUUUUUUGGGGGGUUAAGGUGAUUGUGAUGGGGUGGGAGAGGGAAGGGAGCACAGAGAUAUUGUUGUCAUUUUGAGGAACAGCUGUAGAGCCAGAUCUCAUACACUUUCAUGAUAAAAAAAAAUCCCCUCCUCCCCCCACGAUCCUCUGCUGCAUUCCGCCCGUACCCUUCUUUACCUGGACCCUUGUUGUUGGUGCCAGCGGGUGAUGAGCUAGCAGUCACCAUGCUCUUCAGAGAGGCAGGCGCAGGAGAACUGUUCCCACUUCCAGCCUAUCUGAGCUUUGACUGGCUGGUGUGAGGGCUCGGAGGUGAAGCAUUGAGGGGAACACUGACAUAAAGUGUUUCAAUUGUUAGUUUUUUAUUUAGGAAGAAAAUACAAGGAAAAAAUACAAAUGAUGUUUAUAAGUAUAAUUAUAAUUUUUAUUAGUAUAUCUUAUUUUACUUGAAAUAUUGAAAGGUUUUUGAUAAUUUUUGGAUUUAUUAAUUUAAUGAACACACUCCCCUUUUACCUCUAAUUUACUGAGUUUUACCUCAACGUUCUGAAGAGUGAGACAGUGAGAGAGCAAGAAAGAUGAAGGUUAGAGAGAAAAAAGAAAUGAGUAAAGAGACAUUUAAAAAAGACGGUGCUGUGAUCUGGAGUUGUCUUUGGAGUAGUUUCGUAAAGCGUCAUGUAAGAGCACAUUGUUUCGGAGGAAUUUUUGUGUGCAUUUCACUUUUUUUGGAGACAAAGGGUGAAGAUACACAAAUGUAGUUUUGUCAAAUGCUUCAAGACAGUUUCAUCAAAAUUAUUUUUGUACACAGACACAUGCUCACUGUUCUAGAAACAAUCCAGUUGGAUCUUAUUUAACUGUCAGCAGCCAAGUUUCCAUGUGUUGAAACUUCGAACC